GAGUCAUUGAAGUAUUAAGCAAUAGUCUCUAUUCCAUAAUACAAAGUCAAAACCCCGCUAUUGCAUCAUACUCACGAAAUUCAUAUAUAUACACAUCAACUUGAUCAUUCAUAAAACCUUACGUUCCAUCUUCUCUACCGGACAAGAAUAUAUAUAUCUCUCUUUCUCUAGAUAUAUAGACCCAUAUAUAAUUUCUAAAACCUUUACACACAAUCUUCAUCUAUCUCUUCUCUUCCUCCUAACAAUAGCACCACGCCAAGAGCCGAACAUACGAAUCAAGAACACAACAUAACUCUCAUAUAUAUCGCUAGUCCUAAUUAUGGAGAAUGAUAUAUGCAAGGAAGGAUCAGCACUCUCGAGAAACUUAUCUGUCGGAUACUACGAUGAUAGGAGGUCAGAAGGUGUUCCGUUCAAGUGGGAGAUGCAGCCAGGGACUCCCAUUAGAUCUCAGUCGGAGGAAACUAUUCCUCCAUUAAGUCCUUCUCCGGCUAUGCUCAGCCUCGGCCUCCCCAAGCCUUCCAUCUCCAUCGAAGAGCCAAAUAACUUUGUAUUUCCAGCGAAGCUGAAGCGGAAGCUGCGGAAUUGGAAACAUUUUCAUUGCAAAAGAUAUUUUUCUAGAUUGACUAACAAAAUGGUUUUGUCUUCGAUUUGUUUGUACCCUGAGAAACGACGCUAGAUGACCAAAUUAUGAAUCAUUUCUAUGAAAAUAAAUAGGCCCAAUUCUUUUUUAUUUAUAAUAAUAACAAAUUUUCACA